AUCCCCAAUAUCCUUGAAGGCCCGCCAUCUCGGAUCGUCGGCAACCAUUGCUGAAGCAGCGGUGAAAAUCCCAAACCUUCGCCAAUUGUUGUUGGAUAGAGCGGAGAUCCGCGCUAUUUGUCAUCCACGGUUUGUUUGUACGUAGUUGCGCAUGUUGCGUGUUGUCAGAUUAGGCAUUGCCGUGCGUUAGAUGAGGCUGCGGAGCUACGGGCUCCGUUACUGAUUAUGUCUUCCUGACUCGAUAAUCGCUCUUAAUCAACGAGUCAAUCGAGGCUGAUAAGAAACCAUAAAUUACUCCUCGAUAUCGUUGCGAGUUACGAAAAUGGGUAACAGAUCCAGCUUGCUUUUACGCGAAGAAGAAAUCGCACAAAUUCAAGAGAGUACUGGUUUUACUCAAAAUCAAAUAGAGCGACUGUACAGUCGCUUCACAAGCUUGGAUCGAGGAGAUUGUGGCACACUGAGUAGAGAAGAUUUCUUAAGAAUUCCUGAAUUAGCUAUUAAUCCGUUAGGUGAUAGAAUUGUGAAUGCAUUUUUUGAGGAAAGCAGUAACGACAGAGUCAAUUUUCUUCAAUUUAUGCAAGUUCUUGCACAUUUUAGGCCUAUUAAAAAGAAUAGCCAAAAUAUAUUAAAUUCUCGAGAAGAAAAAUUAAGAUUUGCCUUUAAAAUGUAUGAUUUGGACAACGAUGAUUUAAUUUCCAAGGAUGAACUACUAGCUAUAUUACAUAUGAUGGUUGGUGCUAAUAUUAGCGAAGAACAGCUUUCAAGUAUAGCGGAACGAACAUUAUCCGAAGCUGAUGAAGAUGGAGAUAACAUGAUAAAUUUUGAAGAAUUCUGUAAAGCUCUUGAGAGAACAGACGUUGAACAAAAAAUGUCGAUACGCUUUCUUAGUUAAAAUAUUGUAUAUUAAAUAGUAUCAAAUUUAAUUUUAGUUUAUUAUGGUGAUGCAUCGUGAAUGUAGAGAAAAUUUUUCUUUGCAUUAAUGGCUUAGGGACAUAUUUAACUAUUAAAACUAGCUCAAGUUUAUUCAAGGUUAUAGGCAAAAUGAACAGUGUACAUUUACCGUCACUAGAAUUAAUUUAAUUAUUAAAAAUAAUGGACGCGCAAAUCUUUUAUAUUUAAUAAUAUUAACGAGAUUUAUUGUAUUUCAUAAAUGCUCUGGCUAGCAUUUAUUUCUUAGCAAAUUGGUUACGUACAGUUACAGCGAGUUCUUAAUUAUAAAAUUCUUCUUUAUUCUCUGACAGUCUUGACUGUACUUAUGUACAAUACUUAAUGUCAUUAAAUAACGACAUGGAAUAAAUUAUUAUUUGUAGAUACAUA